UUGCUUUAGGACUGCUUCGGUUAAUUUGUCUCUUUAGUGUUGUUUUCAAGCAGCGUAACUUAUAAACUCUCCAUUGUUUGCAAUAUCCCCAACCUAAGGAUUUACUGUUUACAAGAAGCUGCGUUCAAAUCAAUGCUGGUAUUGUUAUGUUUGCAUCUAAAUCAUGGCGGAAGAUGAAUUGUUAGCUUUCAGAGAGAGUUGGAAGCAAGAACUGACGAGUAAAAGCAACCAUUCGGACUCCCCUGCGCCUAGAGAUAAGCUUCAGCCAAGUCGGAAGGACUGUAAAAAUAGUUAUUUUGAAGAUUUCUCUCAAAGCAGAAGUCAACCAGAAACAGGUAGGCAUGAUGCUUACACUGAAUCUCCACAACGGAGCAGCAUCAAGGAAAGUAGUCCGAGGUCGCCAUCAUUACCGGGGAACGACGGUGGGCUGUCAUCCUCGGCUGGCAAAACUUCCAAGGACCAGCCCCAGUAUGUGUCGAUAGCUGAGGGCUUGCUGCAUGGAAGGACGAGUCCUUUGAUGGACAGGAUUCAUGAGGAGAGGAUGCGAAGGAAGAGGCAAUCCCAGCGUGAGAAAAACUCUAUGCCAACACAACCACAGAGCAAAGUCAAGAAGAGCGAGAAACUAGUGGACCAGUUCAUUCAAGACCUGAAUGAAGUAAAUGACAUUCCAUUCUUUGACGUGGAGCUACCGUACGAGUUAGCGCUGAAGAUAUUCCGGUACCUGAACCGGACUGAGCUUGGACGAUGCGCCCAGGUGAGCAAGGCGUGGGGGUGUCUAGCAGAGGACAGUGUGCUGUGGUACAAGCUGUGCCAGAAGGAGGGCUAUCACAGAGAGGCCAGCGUGUCCGACUCCCCCUCCUGGAAGAGCACCCUCCGAGACUGCAAACUCUCUGACCACACGGUCUGCUCUAACUGGAAGAACCGGGUGGGAUCCAUCAGCCAGCUGCAGUUUGAGCUGGGGAAAAUACUGUGUGAUGUCAGUUCCUGCGACAACUUUGUGGUGGCUGGGUACACCUCGGGGGACGUCCGGCUGUGGGACACGCUGCACUGGGACUGCGGAGCCUCCUACCUGAGGCCUCGCUCCCUGGCCUGCACCGCCGCUCCCAGGCCUCAGGUCACCCUCGUCCAGGUCAACCGGACCCUGGCCGCCGCCGCUUACCUGGACGACUGCGUGGAGGUGUGGAGCGCUGAGACUGGAGGGGAGCCCGUCUUUCACUACCAGAGCGUGGGGAGGGUGCACGCCCUGGCCCUGAGCCCAGACAGCCCCACCCUGGCCUCCGCCACUGGGGUGGAUGUCCGUCUGGACCAGCCUGACCAGCGUGGCUACUGGAGGACCCUGGUCCAGGCUCGGCUUCCCAAGCCUGUGGAGCGUGUGGUGCUGGUGCCAGGGCAGAGAGAGCAGCCCCUGGCUGUCCUGUCAGCCGACGACAGCGCGUUCACGCUGUCCUCCCGGCACGCCGACCCGCGCCUCCUCCACUGUGUCUAUGGACACCCCGUCACCUGCCUGGACGCCUCCAACUCCCAGGCUGCACUGGGCCUCAAGAGCAGUGGCUGGGCCAUGCACGAUGGAGGCAACAAGGUGCAGGUGUACCGCCUGGAGACCGGCCAGGCGGAGGUGCGCGUGGGCAGCUCCGCGGGGGACUUCACCUGCAUCUGCCUGGGAGAGCAAGCUUCUCACCUGCUCACCUGCGGGAACAAGGACCGCAGGGUGAGGGUAUUUGACCUGCGCACCGGAUCCUCUGUGGCGUCACUCUACGCCCACCACAUGGGCGUGACCUCUGUGCUGGCAGAUGAUUGGAAGAUAGUGAGUGGCGGAGGCGAGGGAUUGGUCUGUGUCUGGGAGAUGAGGAUGGGCGCCAAGCUGUGGGAGAUGCACAACAGGCACCCAGUCAGACAUGUGCGCUUCACCACCAGCACCUUGGUAACGGCCAACAUCCCAGACGAGAAGUCUCCACGGGGCGCCUGCAUCACCGACGACGACCUGACAGCCCACCGCAGACACAGAGGAGUCAUCUGCCACUACGACUUCUCUGAAGACUCCGUUUCCCAGGAGCACGUUCUGCCCAUCUGCAGGUCCAACUACGCAGAGUCCUCGGGGUAUAACUACAACAUCGGCCUGGCCGUUCCCUACGACAUACUGUCUGGGUCACACCCUUCUCACUGAACCCUGACCUGGCUGUAAGCUAGCUCACACUGUUCACGUGACCCUGGGAUCAUCUGGAUCCAUGAACUCCAUCCAUACUUUACAUUUUUAAUGGGAACUUUUAUAUGAAAAUGUAUGUAAAUAAGUUGAUUUAGCUCUAUUUUAGUCGUGUUGUCUGUCACGGUGGACAUGAGAUUUUAGUUUUACAACCCAUUGAGGCAGAGUUGAACCAAGACUGGAUUAUACUGGGUGUAUGAGUUCAGCGUCAACAACAUCACCUGACAGUUAUAUAAAAAUCAGUUUGCAAAUAAAUCACGACAGUCACAUCAAUGUUAGUCACACAAUUAUUUAUUCACUUAUAAAUGAGUGCAAAUGCUUUUAAAUGUAUUUCAAGUUAAAUCUUCAAUUAGA